AUGUCAUUUUUGAUAAAAGAAGGUGGAGAUGUAAAUUUUCCAGAUGGCGAUCUUCGACGGCCGAUUCAUUAUGCUUGUGAACAAGGAAACUUAGAUGAAGUAAAGUUGUUGAUAACGAAUGGUGCGGAAGUGAAUGUUCCGGAUAGAAAUGGUCGACUGCCUAUCAAUUAUGCUUCUAGAAAUUGUUUUGAUAAACAUAGAAUUAUGUCACUUUUGAUACAAAAUGGUGCCAGAGUGGAUUUUCUAGAUAGCGAUCGCCGACGGCUGAUUCAUUAUGCUUGCGAACAAGGAGAUUUAGAUGAAGUAAUAUUGCUCGUAGCAAAUGGUGCUAAAUUGAACGUUCCGGAUGGAAAUGGUCGACUGCCCAUGCAUUACGCGUCUAAAAAUCGUUUUAAUGGACACAAAAUUACGUCCUAUUUGAUAAAAGAAGGUGCGAAACUCGAUUCCCCUGAUUACGAUGGUCGGCUGCCGAUUCAUUAUGCUUGUGAAUUUGGUGAUUUAGAUGAAGUAAUGUUGCUGGUAGCGAAUGGUGCGAAAGUGAGUAUUCCGGAUAGAAAUGGUCGAUUGACCAUGCAUUACGCGUCUAAAAAUCGUUUUAAUGCACAAAGUAUUAUGACCUUUUUGAUAAAAAAAGGUGCGAAACUUAAUUCACCAGAUGAAGAUGGUAGACUGCCAAUUCAUUAUGCUUGUGAAUUUGGAGAUUUAGAUGAAGUAAUAUUCUUUGUAGCGAAUGGUGCCCAAGUGGAUGUUCCGGAUGGAAAUGGUCAGCUGCUCAUGCAUUAUGGUUGUAGAAAUCGUUUUAAUGGACAUAAAAUUAUGUCAUUUUUGAUAAAAAAAGGAGCGAAAGUAGAUUCUCCAGACGACGAUGGCCGGCUGCCAAUUCACUAUGCUUGUGAACAAGAAAAUUUAGAUGAAGUAAUGUUGCUGGUAGCAAAUGGUGCGAAAGUGGAUAUUCCUGAUGGAAAUGGUCGAUUGACCAUGCAUUACGCGUGUAAAAAUCGUUUUAAUGGACAUAAAAUUUCGUCAUUCUUGAUAGAAAAAGGUGUGGAACUAGAGUCCCCAGAUGACGAUGGUCGGCUGCCGAUUCAUUAUGCUUGUGAAAAUGGAGAUUUAGAUGAAGUAAUAUUGCUAGUAGCGAAUGGUGCCCCAGUGGAUAUUCCAGAUGGUGAUGGUCGGCUACCCAUGCAUUACGCAUCUAAAAAUUAUUUUAAUGGACACAGUAUUAUGUCCUUUUUGAUAAAAGAAGGUGCGGAGAUAGAUUGCUAUGAUUACAAUGGUUUAUUGCCGAUUCAUUAUGCUUGUGAGUAUGCGCAUUUAAAAGCAGUAAAGUUGCUGGUAGAGAAUGGUGCCGACGUGGGUGUUCUGGAUGGAAAUGGUCUGACGUUAGUACAUUACGCGUUAAAAAAUCCCUUGGAUCCACAUAGGAUUAGAUCGUUUUUGAUCCAUAUAUACAAUGAUCUUUGA